AUGUGCUCCGAAUGCGGGAAAAGCUUCAAUCAAAGCUCUGCCCUUAUCACACAUCAGAGAAUCUACACAGGUGAGAAACCUUAUGGAUGCUCUGAGUGUGGGAAAAGCUUCAGUCAGCACUCCCACCUUAUCACACAUUGUAGAAUCCACACAGGAGAGAAACCCUACACGUGCUCUGAGUGUGGGAAAAGCUUCAGUUGGAGCUCACACCUUAUCAGACAUGAGAGAAUCCACACAGGGGAGACGCCCUACACGUGCGCUGAGUGCGGGAAAAGCUUCAGUCAGAACUCGGACCUUAUCAGACAUCAGAGAAUCCACACAGGGGAGACGCCCUACACAUGCGCUGAGUGCGGGAAAAGCUUCAAUCGGAGCUCUGCCCUUAUCAGACAUCAGAGAAUCCACACAGGGGAGACGCCCUACACGUGCUCUGAGUGCGGGAAAAGCUUCAAUCAGAGCUCAGACCUUAUCAGACAUCAGAGAAUCCACACAGGGGAGACGCCCUACACGUGCGCUGAGUGCGGGAAAAGCUUCAGUCGGAGCUCUGCCCUUAUCAGACAUCAGAGAAUCCACACAGGGGAGACGCCCUACAUGUGCUCUGAGUGCGGGAAAAGCUUCAAUCAGAGCUCUCUCCUUAUCAGACAU